GGGUGGCGGCAGCGGCAGCCGCGGGACAGGUGUGGCCUGCGCGGGACGCGACCGCAGCGGUAAUUCCACUCCGCCGCCUCAAUUAGUCAAUUAUUCAUCCCUCGCCGCGCGCGUGCAGGGCCACCUGCGGGCCGUUGAGGCCCCAGCGCUCCGGGACUGCCCCGGGGCUCACGACCGCUUCCGAGGAGGGAAGAGGAGGGAACGGGGCGCCACUGUACCCAGCUGCAGACCCAUGAACGGCCAUGAGCCGGGGUGAAGCCGCCCAGGAGGGGGGCUGCGAGGCCCAGUAAUCUGGACACAGGCCAAGAAGUCAAGAACUGCUGAAGUCCAGGCCUCCGCUCUUGUAUUGACACCAGUGACCACCCAGCCCAGCCAAAUCAUAUGGCCCUGUUUUCCUGAUGUAUGAGGACUCGUGCGGGCGCCUGAGCGAGCGGCAACCGCCAGCAAGGUCAUGGGCAGCGCGGCCGUGCAGCUGCUGGCCUUCCUGCUCAGCUUCCUGGGCCUGGUCGGCACGCUCAUCACCACCAUCCUGCCGCACUGGCGCCGGACGGCGCACGUGGGCACCAACAUCCUGACGGCCGUGUCCUACCUGAAGGGGCUGUGGAUGGAGUGCGUGUGGCACAGCACGGGCAUCUACCAGUGCCAGAUCUACCGCUCGCUGCUGGCGCUGCCCCGCGACCUGCAGGCGGCCCGCGCGCUCAUGGUCAUCUCCUGCCUGCUGUCGGGCGUGGCCUGCGCCUGCGCCGUGGUCGGCAUGAAGUGCACGCGCUGCGCCAAGGGCACGCCUGCCAAGCCCGCGUUCGCCGUGCUGGGCGGCGUGCUCUUCCUCCUGGCCGGCCUGCUCUGCAUGGUGGCCGUGUCCUGGACCACCCACGACGUGGUGCAGAACUUCUACAACCCGCUGCUGCCCAGCGGCAUGAAGUUCGAGAUCGGGCAGGCCCUGUACCUCGGCUUCAUCUCCUCGUCCCUGUCGCUCAUCGGCGGCACGCUGCUCUGCCUGUCCUGCCAGGACGAGGCGCCCUCCAGGCCCUGCCAGGCUCAGCCCCGGGCCGGCACGGCCACCGCGCCCGCCUACCGGCCACCCGACGCCUACAAGGACAAUCGGGCCCCCUCGGCCACCUCGGCCUCGCACAGCGGGUACAGGCUGAACGACUAUGUGUGAGUCCCCACGGCCUGGCCCUCCCCAGGCCCCCGAGAGGCGCCCGGGACCCAGGCUGCCGACCGCUUCAAGGUCCGGGCACCAAGUUUACUUCUGGGCUGCUUUGGUGUCCAAAGGAAUAAUGUGAACCUGAGGAAAAUGGGCUUAGGAUGCAGGGAAGGCGGGGAAAUAAGAUGAGGAGAAAAGCUCUACCUACCAAAGGCUAAAAAAAAAAAAUCCUGUUUUUGUAUUUAUUAUAUGUAUUUAUGUGGGUGAUUUAACGACAGCUGAAUAAAAAGCGACUUGGGAGUUUGGUCAGUGGGGUUUGUUUGCAAGCCAGGAAUAAACCUUUUGGAUGCGGUUGUCCCUGAAACUGACAAUAGCCGUGUCUGUUUGCAGACCCUGAUUCUGUCUGCGAAGAUGCUGGUAGCCGUAGCCGGCAGGCCUCCGGGCUCUGCCCACACGGGACAGGAGAAUCACAGGAGGGCUGGGCUGAUGUUCAUCCAAAAGGCGCCUGAGCGGCAUCACCAGAAACGGUCGCCCUGCCCUGGCUCGAUCUCAGAGGCAAGGCAGGAGGUGCGGGGCUUCCUUGAAAAAAAGAUAAUUGCCAUCAACCACAAAAGAAGGACAAUGUCAUUUUCUACCGGGAAGCAGUCGGCCCGCACUAGUAAGGCAGCGAAAGUCAGAAGGAAAAAAAAAGGCAAAGUGAAACACGCCUGUUCACUUGGCUUUCCAGGCAUUGGCAAGAGGCCCAGUUAGGAAGGCUGCUCACCCCAAGCACAGAAUGUCACUGGCGUCUUUCCUGGGAACAGAAGUAUGAUGGCAGCUGACAUCAGAGCAGGUACAAGGGCUGCUGACUGCUCUUUUAGCUGGAAAGAACUGCUGCGAGGGCCAGGUGAGGCCUGACCUCUUUAAGGACACUGAAUUUGCUUUCGGGGCUGUGAUCUAAAUCACACACACACACACGCACACACACACACACACACACACACACACGCUGCUCCCCCGUUAGCCCAGGGAGACUGCUCAUGCCUCUGCCCCAGCCUCAAGCUGUGAACACGGAAGGAAAUAGCCUGCCGCGUGGAAGGGCUGAGUCUGAGGUCUGUUACGUGAAGCCCCACCAUCCUCAAGGGGUCUUAGAAUAGGGCCACCAGGGCUCCAUCCGUCACUGUCCGCAGGGAAGCGAGCCACAGAGGGUCAGCCACACGUGGCUGGGCUUACUGGCGUGGCGUGGCGUGGCCUGGUGAGACUCUGGCCCCAGGAUCAGGGAGGUAGAAGGGGAGGCUCCCGGGCAAGGAUUAGGAGGCCAGACGGACCUCAGCCCUGCGACUCUGGAUCCAGCAAGGCUGGAAGUUGCUUGAUGCUCCCCUGACUUCAUGCCUCCUCCUGACAGGGUCCUCCGGGCCACCGAGAUGGUGACAAGAAGCCCAGCUGCCACGUGCUUCCCACGUAGGCAGAGGCUCUCACCAGUAAUGUCCAUACACCCCACGAUCCUCUUCUGAUUCCUUUAAGCCUCACCAGUUACACCUAAUAAACUGCACCAUUGAUGAGAUCCAGCAACAGGAGAAUCUUCUAGCAACAUUGAAAAGUCAGGGUUUAAGGAACAAUCCUACACAUACAUAUUUCUUUUCUAUUUUGUGCUGACCUCUAGACCCCAAGCAACAGGGGCCGCUUCUGUUUGGAAGGAGGGGGUACCACACAUUUUAGCCUCUAUCUAGCCCCGCAGAAGCUAAGAGGGCUGGUAUGUGCCAUCCUAUUUAGGUCAGGGAUUUAGAUCAGAAAGGUCAUCAUUUAUUUAUGAUGGAACAAGCAAUUUUAACCUACUCUUUAAAUUAUAAAAACAAAUCUGAAUCUAUAAAGAAGAGAAACAAAAUCUUCUUAAAACGAAAUGAUAUUCUGUCAGUCCUUACUUGAUGGUCACAAUCUAGAAUGUGUUUAGUGAAGUUAUUCUAGUUAAUAGACCGAUUACAAAUUUAAAGGUAAAAUAGCUUUUUAAAAUUCGAAGUAUAGUUGAUUUACAAUAUUUUAUUAGUUUCAGGUGUCUAGCAAAGUGAUUCAGUUAUAUUUUUUUCAGAUUAUUUUCCAUUAUAGGUUAUUACAAGAUAUUGAACAUAGUUCCCUGUGCUAUACAGUAAAUCCUUGUUGCUGAUCUAUUUUAUGUAUCGUAGUUUGUAUCUGUUAACCCCAAACUCCUAAUUUGUCUCCCCCCUUCCCUUUGAUAACCAUAAGUUUGUUUUCUAUGUCUGUGAGUCUGUUUUGUAUAUAGAUUUGUUUGUAUUUUUUUUUAGAUUCCACAUAUAAGUGACAUUGUAUAAUAUUUGUCUUUCUCUGUCUGACUUACUUCACUUAGUAUGAUAAUCUCUAGGCCCAUCCGUGUUGCUGCGAAUGGCAAUAUUUCUUUCUAAAAUAGCUCUUAUCAAACUCUUUCUCUGAAUUCUGUCACUACUAAAGUAAAAUAUGUUCCUCUCUCCUACUCAGGUGAAAGACUAAUAAUAAUAGUGAUUACAAUUUAUUAAGCACUUACCAUGUUCCAGGAAUACCUUUUACUUACUAAUUUACCAAUUUAUCUCUUACCAAAGAGAUACACAAGAACCCAAUGAGAUAAAUACUCAUUUUAACCCCAUUUUACAAAGGAGGAAAUCAAAGUGCAUAGAGAUUAAAUUUUUUGCCCAGGGUCACAGAGCUAGUGAGCAAAAGACCCAGGAUUUGAACCCAGACAGGUAAGCAGGGAGAAAAUACAUUCACUCAAGUAGAAGCAUGACCUAUAAGCUAAUUAAUUUCAUGUCCAGACUAUUUCCAAAUAAUUAAGUGAAUUGUUUCAUGACCAUAUUUAGUUCUUUCUAGAACCAUCACUCUGUUAACUGGGUUCUGGCUGGAUUACAGGAAAUGUGAUAUCAGACCCAUAGGUCCAAGUUUGAAUCCCCAUAGAAAGCAGAAAGUGACACACAGGAAGUGACACACGGAUGGCUCUGACCUACAGCUGGCCCACCAACUGUAGGAAAUAGAUCCAAAUAAGACCUUAAUUCCCUCCUUCAAGAUACAGGGUGUAAGAUCGCUGUUCCCAGUUUCCUCUGGCUCUUUUGCUCUCAUUCACUCCUAAGACAAGAGCUCAGGUCCUGUGAUCCCCUUUUUCAUCACAUUACAAUCUCCUCCCCUUUUUCAUCACAUUACAAUCUCCAGGGCCAUCAAGUAGAUGCCUGCCUCUGCCCAUCUCUUUGGGACUAGGCAGUCAUAACCAAGGUUGUUUUGAACAAAGUAUGGUCUCCUUUCGAGGUACAACAUGUAAUCCCAAAUUUCAAAAUAAAAAGGAAACAUGAGUCAGA